AUAUUCACAGAUGCACAGCGUUAAAUUGAGAAAUGAGGCUCUGCAUAUAUACAUGUAUCUGUGUGUGUGUGUGUGUGUAUGUGUAUAUAUGUGUAAGCAUCAUUAAAACUGCCAAAUCUAUCUGCUACUUUAUGCAGACUUCACAUAGCUGCUUAUGUGCAUUCUGCUUACCCAAAGCAAAUUUGCACGGUUGUUGUAUUUUUCGCUUUUAAACCUCUCCCUUUGCAAGUGGUGUGUGUAUGAACUGCAGGUAGCACAGGCCUGACAGACGGUAAGGCCCGAGCCUUCACAUCUGUCUGUCUCUACAGCCUUUAUCUGCCUUACUUAAAAAGGCACAUAGGAUGAAAACUUGAAUCUGGUUGAUCCGAAGCGGCACUGUGUGUCUCUGGCCCAUAUAAACACACGACUGACUGUGGUGAGCGUGUGGGCGGGGAAGCGAGACAGGAAUCCGUACAGGUUAGGAAACGGUGACGUGGACAUGCUCAAAGAAAGACAGACAGAGAGAACAGGAGAACGUAGACUCGUGCCACAGAAUGGAGGUACUCUUCUUCACCCUGUUCAUGCUGGUGCUGCUGGAUGGCAUCGGAUCUCUGCUUGCCAUGCCUCACAGCGCCUGCCCAGAAAACAUGCCCCUCUGCCCUCCAGGAACACACCGGUUAAAAUGUGGAUGCGCUCCCUGCACCUUGGACACCUUCACUGCUUUCAAUAAUACAGAAAGCAGAUGCAUGCCCUGCUACCGUGACUGCAGAGAGGAUUUACACAUGGAGAUUGUGAAAAGGUGCAGUGCCACAUCAAACACUGUGUGCAAGUGUCAAGACGGCUACACCUGUGUCAGCAAGGACUCCCAGAACAACUGUGAAGUUUGUGAGCCCCAGCCGUCUCCAUCAGGCCUUGUAAAGCUCAUUACUACUAAAGCUACUGACCCAACUGCUUCCUGUGAGCCUGGUGCUUUCUACAGUGAGUCUUUUAGAAAGUGUCAAAAGCACAAGAACUGUACCUCCCUUGGCCUAAGCAUUGAGACUGCAGGAAAUUCUACUCACGAUACAGUUUGCGGCAACCCUAUAAGAAGUGCAGGUACAGCUCAUGAACGUGUCAACGAUACAAAGUGGUGGCACAUCCUGGUUGGAGUUUUUACAGUUUUUCUGUGUAUAGCAGUUGUCCUUCGUUUGUUCUGGAAGUUGGAGGAUGGAGCAUGUUUAAAACAAAUUAUCAAGAUAAGUGCACCAGAUGGCCACAUGAAAGGAAAUCAUUGCCCUCCUCAGGAUGCCAGCAAGAGUUUUGGAGCCCUCUGUGGCCAGACCCCAAACUACUGUGGCAGACCAGAAAAUGACCAUCAGCCGGACUGCCCUUUGGACACCUCGCUGGGCCCAGACUCAGUAUCCCAAGGAGCCGGCAAUCUCGGUCCCUUUCAUAUUUACAGUGCAGGGACGGUUUUUGUCAGCCUUCUGAACCAUGUUACUGGCUUUGAAAAAGAGGCAGAAGAAGAAAGAAAGGGUGAGAAGAAGACCAGCGACUGGUUGGGGCCGGCCCCUGUGCCAUCCUCCCCCCCUGUGCACCUCUCCGAGGAAGAGAGGGAUGGACAAUCACACAGCAUUUUCUUUCCGUCCCAAGAACAAGGAAAAGAGACUCAUUUAUCUAAAGAAGAGAGGAUGUGAAUGGGUAGAUACAAGUGGAAAGAUUCCUGGUCCAGCCAGAAACAGACCAAUCAGCAUAACUGCCAUAGGACAUGUAGUAGGACAUAACUACAGCAGGACUUGUGUUUUUUUCCACUCAGCUCAGAUGUAAAUAUGUCUAUUGGUAUUUAGUUUUUGUGUAAUGUUUUGUAGUAGUGUGUGAAGAUUUCACUUAUAAUAUAUUUUGUAUUUAUGUUUCUGUUAUAAAAUUAAUAAACAGAUUUUUACAA